UCCGCACUAUAUCAGGCGGCGGAGGGGGGUGCGGUGGGGCGCAGCGCUGCUUCCCGCCAGAACGGCCGCAGCCAUGGCCGCCGCGCUCUGCCCGCUCCGCACCCUCGGCCGCGCCGCCCUGCGCCCCCGCGGCCGCCGCUUCCACCUCAGCGCCGCCAGAAACGAUGCAGUUGUGAUUUCUGGAAAGAAGCUGGCCCGGCAGAUCAGACAGGAAGCCCGCCACGAGGUUGAGCAGUGGGUAGCAGCCGGAAACAAGAGACCUCACCUCAGCGUUGUUCUCGUCGGUGAAAAUCCAGCGAGUCACUCCUACGUACUGAACAAAACGAAAGCGGCUGCUGAUGUCGGAAUCAGCAGUGAAACCAUCCUCAGGCCGGCUUCUAUUAGUGAAGAGGAGCUGCUUGAUUUGAUCAGCAAACUCAAUAAUGAUGCCAAUGUGGAUGGGUUGUUAGUGCAGCUGCCUUUACCUGAACAUAUUGAUGAGCGCAAGAUUUGCAAUGCUGUGACUCCAGACAAAGACGUUGAUGGCUUUCACGUGAUAAACGUGGGGCGCAUGUGUCUUGACCAGUACUCCAUGCUGCCAGCUACCCCAUGGGGGGUGUGGGAGAUCAUUAAGAGAACUGGCAUCCCAACGCUGGGGAAGAAUGUGGUGGUGGCUGGCAGGUCGAAGAACGUGGGCAUGCCCAUCGCCAUGUUGCUUCAUACAGAUGGCAGGCACGAGCGCCCAGGAGGUGAUGCUACAGUCACAAUAUCCCACCGCUACACUCCCAAGGAGCAGCUGAAGCAACACACGAUCCGCGCUGACAUCGUGGUAGCAGCAGCAGGCAUACCCAAUCUGAUCACAGCCGAUAUGAUCAAAGAAGGAGCUGCGGUUAUUGACGUGGGGAUAACGAGAGUGCAAGAUCCCAUCACUGCCAAAUCAAGGCUGGUUGGGGAUGUGGAUUUUGAAGGGGUGAAGAAGAAAGCCAGCUACAUCACUCCGGUCCCUGGGGGAGUUGGGCCCAUGACAGUUGCCAUGCUGAUGAAGAACACCAUCAUUGCUGCCAAGAAGCUGUUGAAACCCAAAGAGCUGGAAGCAUUGACCGCUUAACGUGGAACUCUUUCUCUAGCACUGAAGACAACAUUCCAAACAGACUCCCAAACAGGCCGAUAGAAAAUGCAAUAUUUUUAUUUAUUGUAUUGGAAGUGGAAUGUCCUAUUCUGAGGUCAUAGCUAUUUAUUCAGAGCUGAAGCAUAUGCACAUUAGUCAUACUAAGGUGUAAGCAUCUACACUCCUGGCCUGCUCGUGCUAGCAAAGCUGCUUUAUGUUUAAGCUAGCGCUUGUAGGAAGCCGCCCCUGCCCUAGGAGGGCCGAGGCAGCGUUGGGGCCCUGGGCGCGCAGCUCUCCCAGGAGCUCGCUGUGGCGUUAGUCCUGUGCGAGGUAGAGCGCGGCUGCUCCAGGGUGCAAAAGCAGUAGCUCUCCUGGUUCUGUUCUUGGAGAUGCUCAGUCUGCCUGGACGGCUUGGGUUUGACUCGUGCUGAAGUCUUCUACUCAACAAUGGAUGCCUAGUUUGAGUUAAGCUCUUCUGUAGAAGAUGCUCCUCGAGAAAAAGCCAUAUGUCUGUUCUCAGCCUGCCCUGGGCAGUGGCAGGUCUGUAACUUCUUCCAGUGUGCAGCUAUGCCGUUGUUUUUUAUUGUUGCUAUUUGGAUGGUGGUUUGUUUUUUUUUUAAAAGCCUUUUUUU